UCUACGACCGAUUCUUCACCAUCUUCCCUCAAGCUGUGAGUCGCUCCUUUUCCUUGAAGCGCACCAGCUAACUGUCCCCAGGCGGAGCAAUGGGUCGCUUACGCCAAUAUGGAACUGGAAAACAACGAAAUCCCGCGAGUCACGCAGAUUCUUGGGACUUCCUUGGCAAAGGUCAGGAAUGUUCAGUUGUGGAAAGUCUACCUGGACUUCGUGCGACGAUUCAACAAUCUCACAACCGAUCUCAGUGGAACUGCUCGACGAACGGUUUCUGAAGCUUUCGAGCGCGUCUUGCAAGAGGUCGGGACGGACAAGGAUUCGGGUGAGAUUUGGCGGGAAUAUAUUCAAUUCCUUCGAUCAGGACCCGGCAAUCUCGGUGGCGGCGGAUGGCAAGAUCAGCAGAAAAUGGAUCUCUUGCGAAAGGCGUAUCAGAGAGCCACGUCGGUACCCACUGACGCCGUCAUUCCGCUGUGGAAGGAAUAUGACGCUUUCGAGACUGGCUUGAACAGGACAACCGGUCGUAAACUCCUCCAGGAACGCUCCCCGACCUACAUCACGGCAAGAAGUGCAAACAUCGCACUACAAAAUGUCACGAACGGAUUGCGAAGGACAACUUUGCCGCGCCUUCCCCCUGCGCUGGGCUUUGACGGGGAUGUGGAAUACAUGGAACAGGUCCACCUUUGGCAGAAAUGGGUGGAGUGGGAGAAAGAAGAUCCACUGGUUCUCAAAGAUGAAGAUCUCGCUGCAUACAAUCGGAGGAUCUUGUACGCCUAUCGACAGGCCCUCAUGGCUUUGUGGUUCUGGCCUCCAAUGUGGUACGAUGCCAUCGAGUUCUGCUUCCGGAACGGCAUGAAGGAAGACGGGGAGAAGCUUCUAGAUGAUGGCACCGAUGCGAAUCCGGAAAGCUGUCUCUUGGCAUUCAGGAAGGCUGACCACCUUGAGAUGACUACACCACACGCCGACGGUGACGAUGAUAUCCAGAAGAGGGCCGAUGCAAUCAAGCAGCCUUACGACAAGCUCUUGGACACACUCUAUGGUCUCGUUGACAAAGUCAAGGCCCGGGAAGCGCGUGCGGCAGGCAUCGCCAAAGAAAACUUCGAAGAGCAGCAGAAGAGGGAAGCUCCAGAGAGCGACGAUGAAGAGGAUGCAGGAGCGAGAGAGGAGGCGCUUCGAAAGGCCGCCCUUGACGCACAACUCGGUGCCAUCAAGAAGGGCCAUGCUGCGCAAAUCAAGAUGAUAUCCAGGACCAUUUCGUUCUCAUGGAUUGCUUUAAUGCGAGCCAUGAGGAGAGUGCAAGGCAAAGGCAAGAUGGUUGACGUCACACACAAAGGCAGCCUAGUCAAGAAGGAAUGGGUCGGUGGCCUCCGGGGUUAUUUGCGAGAGGCACGUGGUAGAGGUCGCAUGACGAGCGACGUCUUCGUUGCCAGUGCUCUUAUGGAGUACCACUGCUACAAAGAUCCGGCUUCCAAACGAAUCUUCGACGCCGGAUUCAAGCUUUUCCCCGAAGACGAACAAUUCGCCCUCGCAUACAUGAAGCACCUCAUCAACACGAACGACGUCACCAAUGCUCGAGCGGUGUUCGAAACGGCGGUCUCCAAACUUUCGAAGAAACCCGAGAACGUCCCCAGGGCCAAAGUCUUGUUCCAGUUCUUGCACGAAUAUGAAUGCCAGUACGGCGAACUCAGCCAGAUCGUCAAGCUCGAGCAGCGGAUGGCGGAUCUCUUCCCCGAAGACCCUCGCCUCACCCGAUUCACCCAGCGAUACAUCUUCCAAUCCUUCGACCCCACCGCCGUCCGCCUCGUCACCUCCCCGGCCGCCCAGAUGCGACCCAAAAUGGCCCUCCCCCCGCAAAUCCACGAGCCCGCCCAGACCGGCGGCUAUCGCGCCCCAACCCCCCAAAUCAGCUCUCCUCGCCCGCUUCCGAUGCAACUAGCUCAACCAGGCCAAUCCCCCUCCGCUCUCGCCGCCGCGUUCGUCGCUUCCAACAGCUCUACCAACUCCCCCAAGCGGCCCCUCCCCGCCGACGAAUCCGACAACGACUCCCUCGGCAUCGGGUCCCGCAAACUGGCGCGUACGGACCGCAGCGAGUCCCCGCUGAAAGGCGCGGCAGGGCGACGGCUCGACGCGCAACGACGGCUCGGCGGUGGUGGUGGCGGCGGGGCAGGCACGCCAGGGAUCGGGAUCCAGCGCGGCGGGGUGGAGCCGCUGCCGAACAUGGUGAUGUUCCUGUUGGGGAUCCUGCCGAACGCGGAGAAGUACCAGGGGUCGGCGCGGUUCAAUGCGGAGCGGGUGGUGGACUUGUUGCGGGGUGUGGACUUGGGUCGAGCGAAUACGUCGGGAGGGAAGCGAUGGUAGGGAGGCGGGGUAUGUGGACGAUGCUUUCACGGAAGGGGGUUUCUCUCGGGUCGUUGCAGUUCGGAUACAUGGUGCCCGAAAGGUUGGAAUCUUGAUCCAUUGCAUUGGGGUUGGCCGUUCGGGGUUAUGCCGGAAUGGGUCUGGACAGGUCA